AGUGUAAUCCAUUUUCCUUCCCUGUGCGCGUCUCCGAGAACAAAUAUAAAUACGCAUAUAAUUCACAAAACCUGAACCAACAACAAAAUGGGAUUCUCUUAUUUCUGCAUCGUCUUCUUUCUCUCCAUCUCCAUCUCCAUCUCCAUCUCUUCCACAAAUGCAUGUGAUCGAUGUCUUCAUCAAACCAAAGCUGCUUUCUUCUCCAAAGCUUCUUCUCUUUCUUCUGGAGCAUGUGGGUAUGGGUCCUUAGCUACAAGCUUCUAUGGUAGUCAUCUUGCUGCAGCUGUUCCUACCAUCUACAAAUCCGGGUCGGGUUGUGGGGCUUGUUUCCAGGUUAGAUGCAAAGACUCUAAGUUGUGUAGCCAAAAAGGGACUCGAGUGAUAGUAACUGAUCUGAAUCAAAGCAAUGAAACAGAUUUUGUGUUGAGUAGCAGAGCCUUCAUGGCCAUGGCUAAUAAGGGCUUGGGCCAAAACUUGUUGAAACUUGGUGUUGCCGACGUGGAAUAUAAAAGAAUACCAUGUGAUUAUAAAGGCAAGAACUUGGCUGUGAGAGUUGAAGAAUCAUCUCAAAAACCUAAUUAUCUUGCUCUCAAAUUUCUAUACCAAGGUGGUCAAACUGAAAUCGUAGGCGUCGACAUCGCUCAGGUUGGUUCAUCAAACUGGGGUUUUAUGAGCAGAAAUCAUGGGGCUGUUUGGGACACCAGUCGAGUUCCGGCGGGUGCCCUGCAACUCCGGCUGGUGGUGACCGCCGGCUACGACGGAAAGUGGAUUUGGGCCAAGAGUGUGUUGCCGGCCGAUUGGAAAAUUGGAGGGGUGUAUGAUUCUGGGGUACAAAUUGAUGAUAUUGCUCAAGAAGGGUGUGCAGAAUGUGAUGAACAAAUUUGGAAUUAAUUCUUUUUUUUUUUGGGGGAAAAAGAAAAAGUAACACAUAAAUAAAUUAAUUGGGGUUUAUAGAAAUUAUGGUAAAAUACAAUAAUAUUGUAGAUGGAGUUGGUAAAUGUUGUGGAGUAGUUGAUAUAUAUUAGGCUCUAUUUGGUCAAUAUAUUAUCUUUAUCAUAUAAUAUACGACUUUUACAACGUAA